AUGACUAGGAGAAGAAUAACAAGAGGAAGGAAUUCAACACCGACCAAACAAGAAAUCAAUACUGAUGGUGAUGAUGACAAUAUGAUACAAACACCAAUUGUUACUAUUAAAAAGGAAGAAUUAACAUCUCCAAUGGAUUUAACUCCAAUUCCAUCAUCAUCAUCAUCUGGUAAACAAUCAAAAUUCUUUAAAACUUCUCCAUCCUCUUCAGCUUCAUCCUCUCAAGACAAUACAAAGAAGGAAGAAGAUGAAGAUAUUGAACAAGCAGCUGAUAAAUUGAUUUUAUUUAAUGAACAAUAUGAAGCUUUAAAGGAAUAUAGAAAGAAGAAUCUAAAUGCACCAGUUGAUACGAUGGGUUGUUCAGUUCUAGCUGAUUCAAAUGCUGAUGAAAAAACUCAAAGAUUUCAAGUUUUAGUUUCACUCAUGUUGAGUUCACAAACUAAGGAUCAAAUUACAGCAGCUGCUGUAAGGAAAUUACAAGAAAAUAAUGUUUUAUCAGUUGCAGAGAUGAACAAAUUGUCUGAGAAGGAAAUUCAAGAUUUAAUUUAUCCUGUUGGAUUUUACAAAAGAAAGUCAACUUAUUUAAAGAAAGUUUGUAAAAUAUUAUUGGAAAAGUAUGAUAGUGAUAUUCCUAAAACAGUUAAAGAACUAUGUGAUUUACCAGGUGUUGGACCUAAAAUGGCAUAUUUAUGCAUGAGCUCAGCAUUGAAACAAACUGUUGGUAUUGGAGUUGAUACUCAUGUUCAUAGAAUUAGUAAUCGAUUGGAAUGGGUUAAUACUAAAACACCAGAACAAACAAGAAUGAAACUGGAAGAAUUUGUACCACAAGAAGAAUGGGAUGUUAUUAAUCACAUGUUAGUUGGAUUUGGACAAACUGUUUGUAAACCUGUAAGUUUAAUUUCUUCAUUAUAUUUCAAUAUUUAUGAAUGUAAAGAUUGGUCCAAAAUGUAA